AUCUACUUUGCAAAAUUUCUCUGACGACCCUAAGCUGAGUUCAACGUCACAUCUUUUCAUGGUUUAUAGCGUCGAACUCUCUGAACACAGUUUUUGAACAGCAGAGUCUUUCACGAGGAUGGGUUGUUGUGGAAAAAAUAGCGACGAUGAAAGGACUGACAAUGUGGAGAUGAAAGGAGGGGAUAAGGGUGGCGGAAAAGCUGGCAAGUGGGGAAAACCUAAACCAUUUGAUCCAACAUUUAAUGGGCCAAUAAAAAACAGGAGCUGCACUGACUGUGUAUGCUGCAUUCUCUUUGUCCUCUACAUUGUGGGCAUGAUAGCCUUGGGCAUUGUAGCAUUUAUAAAAGGCAAUCCAUACAAGCUGCUGGGUUCUGUUGAUUCUGAUGGAAAUAUCUGUGGCUACGAUGAGAUUGUCAAGGAUCGGCCUAAACUUGUUUUCUUUGACUUAACGGAAUGCCUCCCAGCAGUCACUCAAGUUGCAACAAAUAUCUUUGGGGCAUCUUGUCCCACAAAACAGCGCUGUGUGAAGAGUUGCCCUGACAAAAAUGCAGUUGCACUCACUGUGAAUGUAUCAGACCUUGUUUGUGACUAUGAUGUUGAUUUCACCAAUUUUAAACCAAGUACACAGGAGCGCUCUGACCUAGUCAAAGAAAAGAGGUGUGCUCCAUAUAUUCUCAAAAGUUCUGAUGUCCUAAACCGUUGCAUACCCACACUGGUAGGAGAUACACUGACAUCCAGUUUGAGAGAUCAGCUACAAUCAGCAGAUGGAUCAAAUGUCACUGCUGAAGAUGUGAAAGAAGGAUCUUUAGCUGUCCAGGCAUUGCUGAACCUGCAGAACCUGGGUCAGAAGAUCAUACAAGAUGUGCAGCAAUCUUGGUACUGGAUUCUGGCAGCCAUGGGGAUUGCAAUGGUGGCUUCAUUCUUGUAUAUUAUUGUUAUGAGGUGGAUUGCUGGGCUUGUGGUGUGGGUGACCAUUUAUGCAGUUUUGACUUCCCUUGGCUACUCUGUUUAUUACUGUUGGACAAAGUACAAAGAACUGUCAUCCAACUCUGGUAACACCACAAGCACUGUUCUGAGUGUGUCCACUGGUCUUGAUUCAUAUGCUAACAGUGAAAAAACUUGGUACUGGCUGACUAUUAUUCUUGGUGUUAUCCUUGGAAUUCUGUUGUUGAUUCUUCUUGCUUUAUACAAGAGAAUUUCAAUUGCCAUUCAGAUCAUCAAAGAGGGAAGCAGGGCUGUGUCUGCCAUGCCGUUCAGUCUGUUUUUCCCAAUCAUACCAUGGCUGCUCCAGAUCAUACUGUUUGGAUGGUUUGUUGGUGUGUUAGCCUUCCUUGUCACUGCUGGUGGUGCGGAGUACCAGGUUGUGUCCAACGACACUCAAAAUGGACAAGUGUGUACGCAGGAAAUAAAAGAUGCAAUAGGAUCUGCCAGCAACUACACUUGCAAUUUUGUGGACUUUGCAAAUAAUGACCAUUUGUUCCGCAUGCAAGUCUACCAUCUGUUUGGCUGGUUCUGGGUCAUGAAUUUCAUCAUGGCCCUCGGCCAGUGUGCACUGGCAGGUGCAUUUGCUUCCUAUUACUGGGCUUGGGAUAAGAAGACGGACGUACCAAAAUUUGCUGUAACGGCAUCUUUCUUCCGGACUUUAAGGUACCAUACUGGAUCACUGGCCUUCGGGUCUCUUAUCAUUGCCAUCGUUCAGUUGAUCCGAGCAGCAUUGGAGUACCUCGAUCACAAGCUCAGAGGGCCUGGAGAGCAAAGUCAGAUUACUAAGUACCUUAUUAAGUGCCUUAAAUGCUGCUUUUGGUGUUUGGAGAAGUUCCUGAAAUUUCUCAACAAGAAUGCUUACAUUAUGAUUGCAGUACACGGCAAGAAUUUUUGUGUCUCAGCAAAAGAUGCUUUUUUCCUCCUGAUGAGGAACAUUUUGAGAGUCGUCGUAUUGGACAAAGUAACGGACUUUGUUCUGUUUCUCGGUCAGUUAACUAUUACCGCAGGCCUGGGUAUUGGGAGCUUCUACUGGUUUGAACGACAAGAAAACCUCAACUAUUACUUAGCCCCUGUUGUUAUCAUCGUUGUUGGCGCCUACAUGGUAGCAUCAGCUUUCUUCAGUGUCUACAACAUGGCCAUUGAUACGGUCUUCCUUUCAUUCUUGGAGGAUUCUGAGCGGAAUGACGGCUCCCCAGAAAAGCCAUACUACAUGAACAAGUCCCUGAGGAAGAUCCUGGGAAAGAAAAACAAGAAAAAUUCAGACAGCGAAUGAAAAGACUGUGACUGCGGCCAGAUCAUCAGUGAUCAAAUUUCAGAUACGCGGCUGUCAAAGUGAUUAUUGCUAUUUUCAAUGCGAAGGAUUUAUAUCCGAACAUGUUUUUGACUGAUCGAAGAGAGAGGCAUAGGUAACUGUAUCAAAGAGUACAAUCGUUUUUAUGUAGUUCCCUUAUUUUCUGAAGCUAUUUUUUAUAGCUGAUAGAAUUCUGAAAACCCUCUCUGCUCUGCUAGAUGUUUCAAAUGAAUGCUUCUGCUAUUGUUUGAUACGAAGCUAGGCUGUUUUUCUCUUUGGUGAUUGGCAAGAGUAAAGCAGCUUUUCACAGGGAUAAGCUGACAAUUUUGACACAAGUUUUUUACUUGAUCUAAAUUAACAUUUACACUUCUAAGUGCGAGAGAAUCCUUCUGGACUUUAAUGUGUUAUCGUUUCCCUCUUCCAGGUAUUUUGGUUUUGUAAAAUUGUAGAUUUUCGCUGGACGAAAUCUUUGUACAUACAAGGCUCUCGUCACUGUAUUUGAAUUGAGUUAAAGCACAUCUUAAUAUAUUGUAUCUUUAUUAACACAGACAGUGUGUUAGUAGAGAACUAUGGAAACUAUGUUCCACGUUACAAAUCGAAGCUCCCUCAACUAGUAGUGAAGAUAAAAAGUUUCGGUCAUCAGAUUUUUUUUUCGUCGUAGCUCAUCAAACGUGCUGGGAAAACGUCGCAAAAAGCAGCGUAGCUUCCUAGUCAUUUCUUGCUUUUUCUUUCACUUUCCGCACACAGUUUUCUGUACGAAAUUGAAUGUGUCAACUCCCUGAAUUUUCGAGUGUUGAGCGUGGUUCUCGUUCUCUAAAAAGGACUCUAAAAACCUAUAAAGCUUGCCAAGAGUCCCAAAUGAUUCGAAGGUUAAGUGAUAAGAUGUGCUCUGCGCCAAAUAUUUAAUUUUAUUAUUAUGUGUUUGAGUAUUGUACAGAAGAAUUGCACGUAGGUUUAAGUUUUAUUUAACGUUUUAGACCGACUGUUGUGUAACUUAUGGUUGAAGCCUGCCCAUCACAACAUGGCUCUUUUGUUCAUAUGAAUUGUUUUCUAGCAUCCUGUAUAAGCA